AUGGCCAAUGAAAAUGACAUCAUCGUGGCGCAAUUGGCAUCAAGAAUGGAUGCUAUGUGGAGAGACAUGCAAAGGAAACUUGAGCUCCACUUUGAGUCCAUGCAAGAGCAAAUUGAACAAUUGGAUCCCUCCAGAAACGCACAAUUGAAUCCCUCCAGAAACUCUUCUAGGAAAACUAGAGGGAAACUCACCAUGAACGAAUUCAGUGACUCUAACUCAAAGGGAGAGUUCGAAGAUGACGAGCGAAGGCCACGGAGAAUGACACAGCGGGCUGACCAUGUGAAGGAUCAACUCAAGGGAAUAAAAUUAAAAAUUCCUACCUUCCAUGGCAAAUCGGAUCCCGAAGCGUACUUGGAGUGGGAGAGAAAGAUUGAGUUGAUCUUUGAUUGCAACCACUACACAGAGCCUCAAAAGGUAAAGUUGGCCGCCAUCGAAUUCACCGAUUACACCGCAGUUUGGUGGGAUCAACUCCGCAUCAAGCAACGAAGGAAUAAGGAACCGGCCAUUCGGACAUGGGACAACUUAAAACGAAUCAUGAGGAAACGCUUCAUACCCGGUUACUAUCACAGGGAUUUGCAUCACAAAUUGCAAACCCUCACUCAAGGUAGUAUGACGGUUGAAGACUACUUCAAGGAAAUGGAACUGUCCAUGAUGCGGGCUGAUGUUCACGAAGAUGAGGAGGCCACCAUGGCACGAUUUUUGGGAGGAUUACGGCCUGACAUUGCUGACAUCGUGGAGCUUCAACACUACCUUGAUAUGGGAGAACUCUUGGACAAAGCUAUCAAGGUAGAACGGAGGUUCAAGAGGAGGGGAACGGUCAUACAAAACUCCAACUUCCAAUCUGGAAAUUGGAGAAAUACACCCUUCAAGAGGGAGGAUCACUCCUCGAGUGGCCCACACUUUGCAAAGUCGAAUGGAAAUUCAAGGGGGACUUUGAGGCCGACUACACUACCUUCCAAACCAACUUCAAGGGAGGAUUUUAAAUCCCAACCAGAGGUCUCUAAAUCAAGGACUCGUGACACCAAAUGCUUCAAGUGUCAAGGGUUUGGGCACAUUGCUUCCCAAUGCCCCAACCAACGGACCUUGAUCAUGUUACCCAAUGGCGAGUUAUUGACCGAUGAUGAAGACGGGAAACAUGAGGGAAUACUGUCCUUGGAGGGGGAAGAGGACGAGCUUGAGGAGAUACCUGUCAAUGACACGGUUGGAUGUCUAGUGGCAAGCCUAGUCAUUGACCCAGGGAGUUGCACUAAUGUUGCAAGUGCACUAAUGGUGGAGCGACUCGACUUACCAACAACUGACCACCCGCGUCCCUACAAACUCCAAUGGCGAAAUAAUAGCGGCGAGGAGUAUCAUGAUGUGUUCCCCGUGGAUAUACCUAAUGGAUUGCUACCUUUGAGAGGGAUUGAACAUCAAAUUGAUUUCAUCCCUGGGGCUUCCUUGCCAAACAAGGCACCGUAUAGGACUAAUCCCGAGAAAACUAAGGAACAACAAAGGCAAGUAGAGGAGUUACUUGGCAAAGGAUGGAUUCGUGAGAGUCUAAGCCCCUGUGCUGUACCCGUCCUACUUGUGCCUAAGAAGGAUGGAGGAUGGAGGAUGUGCACUGAUUGUCGAGCUAUUAACGCCAUAACGGUAAAGUAUCGUCAUCCCAUACCUCGUCUAGAUGACAUGCUUGAUGAAUUGCAUGGAUAUGUUAUAAGUGCACAGGGUGUACAAGUGGAUCAAUCAAAGGUGAAGGCUAUAAAUGAAUGGCCAACACCUUCCAAUGUAAGUGAGGUGAGGAGUUUCCAUGGCUUGGCAAGCUUCUACAGGCGUUUUGUCAAGGACUUCAGCACCAUAGCUGCACCACUUACAUCUAUCAUCAAGAAGAACUCACCCUUUCAAUGGGGGGAAGAACAAGCUAAGUCUUUCCAAUUACUUAAACACAAGCUCACACAUGCACAUGUUCUAAGUUUACCUAACUUCGACAAAACUUUUGAGAUAGAGUGUGAUGCUUCUGGUAUAGGUAUUGGGGCUGUUCUACUCCAAGAAGGUCGACCGAUCGCAUACUUCAGUGAAAAGCUAAAUGGAGCCGCCUUGAACUACUCAACCUAUGACAAGGAACUGAUGGCAUUAGUUCGAGCUCUCCAAACUUGGCAACACUACCUUCGACCUCGAGAGUUCGUCCUGCAUACUGAUCACGAAUCUCUCAAGCACAUCAAGUCACAAACCAAGCUGAGUAAACGCCAUGCAAGAUGGAUAGCCUUCAUCGACACCUUUGCAUUCGUGAUCAAAUAUAAAACAGGUAAGUCUAAUGUAGUAGCUGAUGCACUUUCUAGGAGAUAUACACUACUUACUACAUUGGAUGCCAAAUUACUAGGAUUUGAAUAUCUCAAGGAUCUUUAUGCCACUGACCCAGAUUUUGGUGAGAUUUUCAACUCCUUGCCAUGA